ACCCUCCACGCAUCCCAACUUCCACUUCUAGUACCAUUUGCUGACACCACUUGUUCAUUUACUCAACGCUUUUCUGAUCCCUCUUUUUCCUUCAAAGAAUAAUAUAAAAAUGGUUCGCUCAACAGCAUUCCUGAUCGGAGCUCUUGCCAUGAUGCAGGCAGCUAUGGCAAUGACUGAUGGACAAUAUCGCAUUAAACAAGGAACCAAUUUCAUCACUGCCAACAUAAGCACAACUGCAUCGAACGCCUAUCUGGCUCCGCUUGAUGCGUCCAAGGAUCAGAUCUGGGAACUUAAGAGACAACCAGGAGACGACUUUUACUUCUCAAGCCCCAAAACCGGCCGUCAUAUUGGCAUUGAUAAAUUUGACGAAAGAGCCCCCAUCGUGAUUGGAUCGCAGCAACAGAGAUGGAAGCUUUGGAGCUUUAAUGACGAAUAUCAAAUCGUUCAUCCCGACAAAUACGGCGAAGAAGAUCUCACAAUCGGCUCUUUGAAUUCUGCUGUUGUCCUCCGAGAUCUCUAUGGUGCUCCUUUGGCCUCAACCGUUUGGUACCUUGUGCGUGUCUGAAGAGCCUCUUCACGUGAGACGACGAAGAAAUCCACCGUUCUUUUAAUCAAGUUAGACAAUAAAACCAUAUUCUUUUCUCCACUCAAACUAACGCCGGACUGUCGCCUUG